AUGUCUCCGAAACCAGAGAAGUUGGGACCGAAUGAGUAUAGUUGCUCUAAAUGUGGGAAGUCUUCCCAUGAAGCGAACAAACGAUUGAGCAUCCGAAAGCUUCCGCCGGUGCUCAGCUUCCAAUUCAAGCGGUUCGAGCACAAGGUUGGCGACAAGUCCGCAGCCCAAAAAAUCGAGGCUCCUGUUCGCUUUCCCUCCACCAUAAACAUGGCACCAUACACCACGCUAGCAUUGGACCCCAGAGAUCAGGAAGGCAAAGGUGGCGGAACAUCGAAUCCCGUGUCGUCCGCCCUCCCUGGGCCUCGGUCCAUGUACGAAUAUGAUCUCUUCUCCGUGGUAUGCCACGAAGGCCAGAUCAACAAUGGUCACUACACGUGCUUUACGCGUUCUCAGGAUGAGCAGUGGUACAGAUUCGACGACGACAAGGUGACACACUCCAGCCUCCAUGACUGUCUCGGGUCCCAAUCAUCAGCGUAUAUGUGCUUUUAUGUGAAAAGACAUCUCGAUUAUGCGCCAUAUGUGACACCAUCUUAUAAGGUCACGAGGGAAGCGGAGGCUGUAAAGGAGAAGGAGCGGGAGCGGGAAAAAGAGGCAGCCCGUAUGCGAGAAGUGGAAGAUGCACUAUUGGCAACAGUUUGA